GGAGGGGAAGGGGAAAUCUAUUCCCAUGUGUGGCUGAGCCAUGUCGCCCGGUGGCGUCAAUCGAUUUCUUUUGUGUGACACGACUACAGUCCAAAGCCAUCGAGAAUCUCUUUAUAAUCAUCCCCCCACCACCGCAACAAUCGGCAGCCCGACGCCUGUAAUUUGUGUCAUCAAUGGAGCGCAUCAAGAGUCAGCAUGUGGUUCUCUUUCCCUUCAUGACUCCAAGCCACAUCAACCCCUUCCUCGCCCUCGCCCACCGCCUCGUCCGGCACCACCCCGCCCUCACCGUUACCCUCGUCAACACCCGUUUCCACAUCCAAUGCAUCCGUAGCUCCUCCUUCCCCUCUUCCAUCCGUCUUCGAUCCCUCCCCUUCGACCCCGCCGCCCACGGCCUCCAUCCUGACGCCGAGAACUUCGCCACUGUACCCAACCACCAGAAACUUACUUUCCUCGUCGCCUCCGAAUCCCUCCUGCCCGCCUUCGACCAGCUCAUCGUUGACAUAGCUCGAGAAGACGGCCGUCCUCCGCUCUGCAUCGUCGCCGACUUCCUCCUCGCGUGGACCGCGGACGUCGCGCACCGGUACGAAGUGUUUCAUACCGUAUUCAUCCCCGGCGGAGCUUACGGCAUGGCCGUAUUCGUCUCUCUGUGGACUCACCUACCUCACCUGAAGACGAGAUCCGAUGAGUUCGCGCUGUCCGAGUUCCCCGACACAACCAUCCACCUCUCGCAGCUCUCGAGAUUCAUGCUUCUCUGCGACGGCACCGAUCCGACCUCAGGGUUCUAUCAGAGACUGAUAUCUCAUUGGAAGGAGACAAACGCCAUGCUUGUGAACACGGUAGACGAGAUGGAGGCCACAGGACUGCGGAUGCUGCGUAAAUUGUUUCCUGUUCCCACCUGGGCCAUCGGUCCUCUGCUGAUCUCCUCUCAUUCUGUUGCCAGCGCGAGCCAAAAUCGAUGUAUCAUGGAAUGGUUGGAUUCACAACAACCGGCGUCCGUUUUGUACGUCUCGUUCGGCUCGCUGUGCACCAUCACGGCGUCGCAGAUGAUGGAAGUGGCGACGGGGCUUGAGGCCAGCGAGGCACGGUUCAUAUGGGUCAUCAGACCACCUUCAGGGUUCGACAGCAAUGAGGAGUUCAAGGCGGAGUGGCUGCCGGAGAAGUUCGAGGAGCGGAUGCGAGAGCGAGGGACGGGGGUGGUGGUGCACGGAUGGGCGCCGCAGCUGGAGAUCCUGUCGCAUACGUCGACGGGCGCGUUCCUCAGCCACUGCGGGUGGAACUCGGUGCUGGAGAGCUUGAGCCGAGGCGUGCCGAUCGUGGCGUGGCCGUUGUUGGCGGAUCAGCCACACAACGCGAAGAUGAUGGAGGAGAUGGGGGUGUGCGUGGAGGUGGCGAGAGGGAGCAUGGAGAGCUCGAAGGCAGACCGGACGGACGUGGAGAGGGUGAUAAGGGAGGUGAUGUGCGGGGGAGAGAAGGCGAAGGAGAUGAGGAGGAGGGCGGAGGAAGUCGGGGAGCUGAUGAGAGCGGCAUGGAGGGAGGGAGUUGGGUCAUCGUUUAAGGGGUUGGCCGACUUCUUCCGGGCUGCGGCUUCCAUGGGAGAUGUGCCGAGUUUGUUGAUCGACUAAAAUAAAUUAUUAUCGAUUAAUUAAAAUUACCGAUUAUGUAAGAUGAGUAGUCUAAUAAAAUCAAAUUAGUGCA